UUCGGUUUUAAAAGUUAACCGAGUUUCUACAUUCGAUAUUUUUGAAAGAAAAAAACGUUUCAUCUACUUGACUUAUUUUGUCAAAAAAUAUUUCACAUAUUUUCAGUCGUUAAAAGUAUAGAAUCAUAAAUAGAUAAAAAUCUAUAGAUAUACAAAGAGAUCGCAUAAAGGUAAUGCAGUCGCCGCAGAAUCCAUUUGUACGUCUUGCGAGACGAUUCGGUAUACGCCUAACAAUAUGUCGUCAAACUCAUAGCGAUCAGGUGAUGGAACGAGUCGGGAAGCGUGAAAUUGUCGGUUAUGGUUGGAAUGGCUCGCCUUGUUAUUCUGAUCGCUUAGAUUACCCGAUGCCAGCAGUGCGCUUUCGAGAACCUGACACUGAGAUAUGCGCAUUGCGCGAGAAAGAAACGGCCGAUUGGCGGAAGUUGUCCAUGGACGAAAAGAAGCAACUUUAUCGUUACAGUUUCUGUAAAACUUUUGCUGAAAUGAAAGCUCCUACCUCCGAUUGGAAGUUUUCGCUCGGCGCUGCUCUCAUUGCCGUUUCGAUCGGUAUUUGGCUUUCACAAUCUUACUUUCAUGGUAUUUAUCCGGAAUAUCCCGAAACAUUCGAAGAAAAACGUCGUAGUGCACAGUUAAAGAGAAUGAUUGCACUGGAAGUUAACCCCGUUACUGGAUUAGCUUCCAAAUGGGAUUACGAAAAGGACCGCUGGAAGUAGUAGUAGAUUUGUCGUGUUAUAGGGGAUUUAAGUAUGUUCUUUCUUAUGAAUCUCAAAUAAAAAUACUGUAUAUUAUAGAUAUUGAGAAAUGCUGUAUUUAAUUUUUAAUAUAGCAACAUGAAGAGCAUAAGUCCUUUGCCUUUGCAAGCCAAGUCCAAUAUCAUUUUCAAUUUUUAAUAAAAACCUUCGCCGUUAGCGAGCCAAUGCA